AUGGUUACCGUACAAAUGCAAGCACAAUUUUUUGGCGGUAUGUACCAGAAGAUUUAUCCAACAGAACUGCAGGAUUAUAUAUCUCAGGAUGAGUUUUAUCUGAGAGUGGAUGCUCUAAAUAAACCGCUAGAUCCAAUCGCCGUCCGACUUGCUUGGCUCAGCCUUGCCGAACUUUUUUUCGCCAGCGGAUUUUUCGCUAUCAUUUUUGUUCUGUCGCGAACCUUUAGCGGACGUAAUGCAGAUACUGCGUUGUAUCUUGCAAUGGCCAUGUAUUUCGUAACACAAUCUAUGUUAACUUAUAUCUCAGUAGUUUGGAGUUUACAGUUGGAGGAUGAAAGAGAACGUAUUGUGAAUGGAUUUAACAUUGGCGAUCAACAGCGAGGCAUCGAAUGGAAAUAUAACAGGACGCCGUUCUGGUCAUUCAACCUUAAACGGUCGUUUAUUCUCAUCGAACUCGAUGCUUCCUCGCGUAACGAAUAG